GAGAGAAGAAGAAGAAGAAGAAGACUUCUUCAACGGACACGCUCCACCAUACGUGCGCGCUUCCGUGAAUCUAUAACAAAGAUGGCGGCCGCCUUAUCAGGCAUCGUAGUUCCCCGCAGCUUUCGUCUGCUGGAGGAACUGGAGGAAGGUCAGAAGGGAGGUGGAGACGGCACGGUGAGCUGGGGCCUCGCAGAUGAUGACGACAUGACGCUAACUCACUGGAACGGCAUGAUCAUCGGCCCGGCCAAGACCGUCUAUGAAGGCAGGAUAUACAGUCUGAAAAUAGAAUGUGGAAACAGAUACCCAGAAUGCCCCCCCCAUGUCCGCUUUGUGAACAAGAUUAACUUGAACUGCGUACACAGUUCAAAUGGUUUGGUGGACUUAAAGUCGCUGUCAGCACUGUGCAGAUGGAAAAACUCCCACAACAUCCGGAUAGUGCUGCAGGAGCUCAGACAGCACAUGAUGAUGAAAGAGAACAACAGGCUCUCCCAGCCGCCCGAAGGCCAGGUGUUUAGCAACUGAGGCGCGCGCACACACACACACACACACACACGCACACACACACGCACACACACUCACUCAGUGACACACACUCAGUGACACACACUCAGUGACACACACACACACACACUCAGUGACACACACAAACACACACACACACACUCACUGACACAC